GACAUUCUUUCAGAGAGCGGUCAUGUUCUGUCGUCAGUUAAUAAGAACAGCGUCUCCUUGUGCAAAUGCAGAGGAAGUCUUACUCAGCGUACCUGUAAAGGUUUCACUCAGGGCUGGAAUUGAUGAUGUGGAAACGGACGUGGUGGAGAUUGAGGCGAAGCUCGACAAGCUGGUGAAGCUGUGCAGCGGGAUGAUCGAGGCCGGCCGGGCCUACGUCAGCGCCAACAAGCUCUUCGUCAACGGCAUCAAGGACCUGUCCCAGCAAUGCAAGAAAGAGGAGAUGAUAUCGGAAUGCCUUGAGAAGUGUGGGGAAAGCCUCCAGGAGAUCGUCAACUACCACAUGAUUCUGUUUGACCAGGCUCAGAGGUCCAUCAAGCAGCAGCUGCACACCUUCAUUAAAGAGGACGUGCGCAAAUUCAAGGACACCAAGAAGCAGUUUGACCGUGUGCGCGAGGACAUGGAGCUGGCCCAGGUGAAGAACGCCCAGGCGCCAAGGAACAAGGUGCACGAGGCCGAAGAGGCAACGCAGGCGCUCAUCCUCAGCCGCAAAGCCUUCAGGCACCUGGCCCUCGACUAUGUACUGCAGAUUAAUGUGCUUCAGGCCAAGAAGAAGUUUGAAAUCCUGGAUGCAAUGCUGUCCUUCAUGCGUGCCCAGUACACACUGUUCCAGCAGGGCUUUCACAUCCUGGAUGAGAUCGAUCCCUACAUGAAAAAGCUGGCUGCGCAGCUGGAUCAGCUGGUGAUCGACUCGGCCAUGGAGAAGAGGGAGCUGGAGCACAAACACGCCCUCAUCCAGCAGAGGACUCUGAUGCAGGACUUUUCUUAUGAUGACCCCAAGUUGGAAUUCAACGUGGAUGCACCCAAUGGCGUGGUCAUGGAGGGCUACCUCUUCAAGAGGGCCAGCAAUGCAUUCAAGACCUGGAACAGGCGGUGGUUUUCCAUACAGAACAGCCAGCUGGUCUACCAAAAGAAACUCAAGGACUCAUUAACGGUGGUGGUGGAGGACCUGAGGCUGUGCUCUGUCAAACCAUGUGAAGAUAAUGAGAGGAGGUUCUGCUUCGAGGUGGUUUCACCCACUAAGAGCUGUAUGCUGCAGGCUGAGUCUGAGAAGCUGCGUCAGGCUUGGAUCCAAGCUGUCCAAGCAAGCAUCGCCUCUGCUUACAAAGACAUCACCGACAAUUAUUACAUCGAACGUCUGGACCGGACGGCCUCGCCCUCCACCAGCAGCAUCGACUCUGCCAGCGAGCCCAGAGAGAGAGGGGAGAGGGCAGAGAGGGGAGUCAGGGGAGGUGGGGAGAGCCUCCUCCAGAGGGUGCAGAGCCUGCCGGGCAACGAGCUGUGCUGUGACUGCGGACAAGCAGCUCCUUGCUGGGCCUCCAUCAACCUGGGAGUGCUGCUCUGCAUCGAGUGCUCAGGGAUCCACAGGAGUUUAGGUGUCCAUUGCUCUAAAGUGCGUUCACUGACGUUAGACUCAUGGGAGCCAGAAUUACUGAAGCUGAUGUGUGAAUUGGGGAACACUGUGAUCAAUCGAAUUUAUGAGGGAGCCUGCGAGGAGCUGGGGGUGAAAAAACCCGGACCGUCCAGUUCGAGACAGGAGAAAGAGGCCUGGAUCAAGUCUAAAUAUGUGGAGAAACGCUUUCUGAAGAAGAUGAGUGGGAGCGAGGCACUGGUGGAGGGUGAAAGGAAGGCACGGCCCUGGACUGUGAAGAAGUGCCAGCGAAACAACAGCUCCGUUCGGGCCCCCAACAGGGCUCGCCGGAAAUACCAUCGCUACGAGCCGGGUAGCGCUUCACCUGCAAACCUCUCAGCAGCAGCUGCAGCAAAGUUUCGCCGGGACUCCCUGUUCUGUCCGGAUGAGCUGGAUUCACUAUUUUCCUACUUUGACACUGGCUCUGGCCCGCGCAGUCUUAGCAGCGACAGCGGCCUGGGAGGAAGUACUGACGGCAGCACGGACAUCCUGGUUUUUGGUUCAGUGGUGGACAGUGUCACAGAGGAAGAGGAGGAGUCAGAGGAGUCUUCCAGUGGCGAGGUGGAGAUUGAACAAGAAGUACCUUCAGACCCUGAAGACCCGAGGGAGCUCCAUCCGGGGGCGCUCCUCCACCGAUCUUCACGUCUACACAACCUGCCACUGAUGGCAGAGGCGUUGGCACACGGUGCCGACAUACACGCUGCAAGUGAGGAAGAGGAGGCAAAAACGCCGCUCAUUCAGGCUGUGACCGGGGGUUCUCUGAUAGCUUGUGAGUUCCUGCUGCAGAACGGCGCCGACGUGAACCAGAGGGACAUGAGAGGCAGAGGCCCGCUGCACCACGCCACUUAUCUGGGACACACUGGUCAAGUGUGUCUGUUCCUGAAGAGAGGAGCAUCUCAGACGGAGGUGGAUGAGCAGGGACAUGACCCCCUAAGUAUUGCUGUCCAGGCUGCCAAUGCAGACAUCGUCACCCUAUUGCGCCUAGCGCGGAUGAACGAGGAGAUGCGAGAAGCGGAGCCUCCCUUGGGUCAACCAGGUCAAUACCACAGCAGCAGCCCCACUGAGCAGCAGUAUAGGAAGUGCAUCCAGGAGUUCAUCUGCCUCACAAUAGAGGAAUGCUAGUGGUCACUUCUGUAUCCGGGAGCUUGUGUGCUCUCUCUCUCCCUCUCUCUCUCUCUCUCUCUCUCUGUCUUUAUACAUAUAUACAAAUAUAUAUUCCUCCUGACUGGGAAGUAAUGUUUGAUGAAGUUGCCCCUAGACGCUGAUGUUGGGUCUGUUACUUGUUAGAUCGACGCUUACGGGCAACUUCCUGGGGGUUGUCUGAGGAGAGAGGAGCGUGCCACUUGCUCAUGUAUAGGGCGGCGUUGAGACCCCUGAUGGACCUUUUUAACUCUACUGACACUCUGUUCCUUUCUGCAUCACCACUUUGUUUCUGCUUGCCAUUACGCAGCACCACCCAUGCUACGCUGGCUACAUGAUACACACAGUAAAAUGACAUCUGCUUUUGGCUAACGGGGUUAUUAUCUAACUUAGCAUAACCGGCUGUAACCUCUUGUGCGAGGGCGUGCCUAACAGCUCUUACCUCUGAAGAAUCUCGCUGCAUUUUAACCCCCCACACUUUCUUAUCUACCCAGACCAUCUGUGUGACAUCCAACUUACCCAUCUCUUCUCAAUCGGAGAUGUAAAUAUACGUAUUUAGAAGCUAUAUGGGUAAUCUUUAAACUAUGUGCUGUGGCAUGAGGUGAAAAAAAAAUGGUAUUCGUUCCUUUACUAAAAGAAAAAAAGAGUAACUUGACGAGCUGCAGUAGAGGUGGGCAGGGGUGUUUACUGUGUAUAAAGAGGAGUCAGGAAGGGAAAUUUAAUGUAAAACUGUGACAAAAAUACUGAAGGGCUCAUGGAGAAGAGGCCCUCGCCUGCUUUGUAAGAUACUUUGUGACAUGAUGAGUGCGUGAGUGAGUAAAUGAGUGCAUGUGUCAAAGAAUACUGAGAGACAGAGUUAAAUCAUAUGAUAUUAUGUAAAGGAAAAAGAAAAAAAGAAACUGUGCACUUUUCCCAUCUACAGUAUUAUAAUUUUAUUUUCAUUCAGCUAGUUUUUACAUUGUUCUCGUCUAGUUAUCGUCCAUCUAUCUAUUGUCUAUUUUAUUUAUCUCCCCAGAGGACCAGUGCAAUGCAUUCUCAGAUGCAGUUUACUUCUGCAUUUUUUGAUUAAUGAUUGUCAUUUUAAUCUGAAAGCAUCACAUGGAAUUUAUGGCAGUUAACUUCUUUCUAUUUUCUAUCACGUAAUAGCGCUCAUGAAAGUCACUUUCAUUUUCUCUUUGUAAUGGCCUUUCAUUGCUUCCGUCAGAUUAUUAGUGUUAAAUUACGUCACACGGACAGAGAUUUUACAGUGGAUGUUCUAGUGUAUCAUUUCUCAAUCAGUUGCAGUCAUUCAGUUUUAUAACUCGGAGGUUGACAACUUGCCAAGCUGUGAAGCUGAAGCCAGGACAAACAGGAGCAGCAAGUCUUGCCAUGUAGCGAGGGAGUGUAUUAAACUGGAUCUCACCCUUGAAUAAGUCCACUGUUUAGUACUGAACAACCAUGACUCAUGGCACCUCCAUUUUGUUGUAAAUACGCAUCCAUGUUACAGUACCUGUGGUGAGAUAAAGGAGCACAUUUCUUAUGAACGGUUAACACACUCGUUGGGGUCAAGGACGUUUAUAUCUUGCUUCCCUUACUGGUCAAUGCUGGCAGUGUUCUCUGCAUGCUUUGCCAGAGUUAUUUUAUGGGAGGUUCAACAUCUUUUGCAUUCUGAGCAUGAUAAAAUAUCUUUCUAUGGUUUGAUCACAUCGUGCAGUGCAGUCCUGUGGAAUAAGCAUGUACCACCAUGAUGACCCCUCUGGUGUUUCUUAUGUUUUGCACCCCUGUGCCAAUCACCCAUGCACGGACCAAAUCUGUGGUGACUUUCUCAUUCCUGUCUAUUUUUGGUUUCCAUGAAAGCUUACAAACAGUAGUUUUAUUAUAUAUUUUUUUUUAAUGUUGUGGUUUAUUUUCCUCUGCCAAAGACUUUUUAAAGGGAAAGUGUCUGACAAUGUUGUACGAUAUCAUCGUUUUUUUUUUCUUUCUUUCUUUUUAUGUUUUCUUUUACUUAAACUGUUCAGAGUAGAUACAACUAAGUCUUACAGUGACAGAGUGGUAGAAACACUGUUGGUGUACUCACAUGUUCAAAAGAGGUUACUGAAUAGUGACAGAGCUGAGAGAUUUUUGAUAUAGCAGGUGAUAUUCUGCAAUAGUUCAGUGUACUGCAAGUAGAACCAGUCUAGGGGGUGAUGUGAUGCUACUGUGACCAAACUGUUAGGGGCCUUUGCCCUAGCGGAAGUUAUUAAAUGUUGUGUCCUUUGUGUGUAUUGACAUAGGAGUGGUUAAAGGUGCUGUUCAAAGCAAACAUGCUGUAAAUAGUACACUUGUGUAUUUUAACUCGAUGCCAACUGCCUGCCUCUCAGCAUUCAAUCACGGAUCCUGACUGUCUGAUCUGUUUCAUGUUUGUCUUUUUAUUCUCUUCCAAAAAAAAACAAAAAAAAACACAACCUGUCAGGCGGAGCUGUAAUACGGCUCUGCACUACUCAGAGGUGUUCUUCUGUUCACUGACAUUUGGAUAUCUUUGGAAUACUUUCUUCCUUGUCUUUAGAAGCACUGAGGGGAAAAAAAAGAAAACAAAAUGCAUACAAUAAAACUGAGAAAAUAUUGAUGAACUAA